CGCCUCAGACUGGCAGCUGCGGCGACUCCCCCCUUUGUGUCUGGUCUGCUCGGAGUCGCCGGAGCCGCUUCCCGGAGGGGCGCGGGGUGUUUCGCAAGCCCCCGCUGCCCACCCCUUCCUCGGCCACCUACGUCCGUCUUCCCGCCGCCCCCCGCCCUCGGCCCGCGACGCCCAGAGCUGCGGAGAGCGAGGCGGCGGUGGCGGCGGCGGCGGCUUCUUCUUCCUCGGGCUGUGCUGUGAUUCGCUCCUGAGAGCCGUCGACGGGAGGAGACCGGGCUUCUUCCACGGUGCUGGGAUUUCCUGCAGGCCCCCGCCGACAGCGAGGCCGCGGGGCCGAGAGCCCUCGGAAGGCCAGCCGGGGCCGCCCCGCACCUCCCUGCGUGCGGCGCUCCGGGGCUCGCCGGGGCCGCGACCCUCGUCUCCCCUCCUCCGCGCCCCGAGGCCCGGCCUGCUGCCUGCCUGCGCGACCCUCGCGCGAUUGUUCCGAGGAAGCCGUGGGCUCGCCCAUGGAGGCCGGCACCUUUUUCGACCCAGUCGGAGGAGUGGAUUUAUUGAUGUCGGAAUCCGAGUGAAGCAAGCAACGAGGCGAAACUUUCAACGGAGACCCUACCAACUGCACUCCGAGUCCGGAGCGAUGCGACUCGGGCGGCCGGGCGCCACCGCCCGCCCCGCUGCGCCCUUCCCGGCGGUCGAGAACUUGUUCUGAUCCUCAGUGCCCCCAUCGAGUCCCCGCCCUCCAUCCCCCCACCCCCACCCCCGGCACUCUGGAUAUGUUUUCUCCCAGAUCUGGAUAUUUUUUUGAUAUCGUGAAGCUACGAGGGAAAUAAUUGCAGGCAUUUCUUCAGGGCUCCCUGCUUCUCUCCUUCUCCCCCCCCCCCAACGGACAUGCCUUCAGUUUGGGGAGCCGAGGCACCCUGUCCUAGGCGAAUGAAGCCCCCCAGCCACGAGGGAGCGAAAUGAAGGGAAAUUCUGCAGUGGAAUGAGAGCUCUCCAGCUAGGUCCUCGCAUCUGCCAUUUGUCCUUUCGAACUGCAUUGUAAUCCGGGCAGGAUAAAUCAGACGGCGAGACGAGCAGCCUCUGGCCGGCUUUCUCCGCCCGAAUUUACUUUCCACAUUUCUUUUCUUUGCCUUCCUGCUUCUUGGCUUGCCCAGGGAUGACUUCCUCGCUGCAGCGACCCUGUCGGGUGCCCUGGCUGCUAUGGACCGCCCUGCUGGUCAGCACUACGGCUGCUUCCCAGAAUCAAGAACGGCUGUGUGCAUUUAAAGAUCCCUAUCAACAAGACCUUGGGGUAGGUGAGAGCAGAAUCUCUCAUGAAAACGGGACAAUAUUGUGCUCCAAAGGGAGCACGUGCUAUGGCCUGUGGGAGAAAUCCAAAGGGGACAUCAAUCUUGUGAAACAAGGAUGUUGGUCUCACAUUGGCGAUCCCCAAGAGUGUCACUAUGAAGAAUGUGUAGUAACUACCACCCCACCCUCUAUUCAGAAUGGAACAUACCGUUUUUGCUGCUGUAGUACAGAUUUAUGUAAUGUCAACUUUACUGAGAAUUUUCCACCUCCUGAUACAACACCACUCAGUCCACCUCAUUCAUUUAAUCGAGACGAGACGAUAAUCAUUGCUUUGGCAUCAGUCUCUGUAUUAGCUGUUUUGAUAGUCGCCUUAUGUUUUGGAUACAGACUAUUGACAGGAGACCGGAAGCAGGGUCUUCACAGCAUGAACAUGAUGGAGGCCGCAGCCUCAGAGCCGUCUCUGGACCUGGAUAACCUGAAGCUCCUGGAGCUGAUUGGACGGGGUCGAUAUGGAGCAGUGUAUAAAGGUUCCUUGGAUGAGCGUCCAGUUGCUGUAAAAGUAUUUUCUUUUGCAAACCGUCAGAAUUUUAUAAAUGAAAAAAACAUUUACAGAGUGCCUUUGAUGGAGCAUGACAACAUUGCUCGCUUUAUAGUUGGAGAUGAGAGACUCACUUCAGAUGGACGCAUGGAGUAUUUGCUGGUGAUGGAGUAUUAUCCCAACGGAUCUCUAUGCAAAUAUUUGAGUCUCCAUACAAGUGACUGGGUAAGCUCUUGCCGGUUGGCUCAUUCUGUGACUAGAGGAUUGGCUUAUCUGCACACAGAAUUACCACGAGGAGAUCAUUAUAAACCUGCAAUUUCCCAUCGAGAUUUAAACAGCAGAAAUGUCCUGGUAAAAAACGAUGGCACGUGUGUCAUCAGCGACUUCGGUUUGUCAAUGAGGCUAACUGGAAACAGACUGGUGCGCCCAGGGGAAGAGGAUAAUGCAGCUAUAAGCGAGGUUGGCACAAUUCGCUAUAUGGCGCCAGAAGUGCUGGAAGGAGCUGUGAACCUGAGGGACUGUGAGUCCGCGCUGAAGCAGGUAGACAUGUAUGCGCUGGGGCUGAUCUACUGGGAGGUGUUCAUGAGAUGUACAGACCUCUUCCCCGGUGAAUCUGUACCAGAAUACCAGAUGGCUUUCCAGACAGAAGUUGGCAACCAUCCCACUUUUGAGGACAUGCAGGUUCUUGUGUCGAGAGAAAAACAGAGACCCAAAUUCCCAGAAGCCUGGAAAGAAAACAGCCUGGCGGUGAGAUCACUCAAGGAAACGAUCGAAGACUGCUGGGACCAGGACGCGGAGGCUCGGCUCACGGCGCAGUGUGCUGAGGAGAGAAUGGCUGAGCUUAUGAUGAUAUGGGAGAGAAACAAGUCUGUGAGCCCAACGGUCAACCCCAUGUCUACUGCCAUGCAGAAUGAACGCAACCUGUCACAUAAUAGGCGUGUGCCAAAAAUUGGGCCUUAUCCAGAUUAUUCUUCUUCCUCGUAUAUUGAAGACUCCAUACACCACACUGACAGCAUUGUGAAGAAUAUUUCCUCUGAGCAUUCAAUGUCCAGCAGCACGCCUUUGACUGUAGGAGAAAAGAACCGAAACUCAAUUAAUUACGAACGACAGCAAGCACAAGCUCGGAUCCCCAGCCCUGAAACAAGCGUCACCAGCCUGUCCACAAACACAACCACCACAAACACCACGGGCCUCACUCCGAGUACUGGCAUGACCACCAUCUCUGAGAUACCGUACCCAGAUGAAACCAAUCUGCAUGCCGCGAAUGUUGCGCAGCCAAUUGGGCCGACCCCUGUCUGCUUGCAGCUGACGGAAGAAGACCUGGAGACCAAUAAGCUAGACCCAAAAGAAGUUGAUAAGAACCUCAAGGAAAGCUCCGACGAGAACCUCAUGGAACACUCUCUCAAGCAGUUCAGUGGGCCAGACCCCUUGAGCAGUACCAGUUCCAGCCUGCUUUAUCCACUCAUAAAGCUCGCAGUGGAAGUAACUGGGCAGCAGGACUUCACACAGGCUGCAAACGGCCAGGCGUGCUUAAUUCCUGAUGUUCCUCCCGCUCAGCUCUAUCCUCUCCCUAAGCAACAGAACCUGCCUAAGAGACCCACUAGUUUGCCUUUGAACACCAAAAAUUCAACAAAAGAACCCCGGCUAAAAUUUGGCAACAAGCACAAAUCAAACUUGAAACAGGUAGAAACUGGAGUUGCCAAGAUGAAUACAAUCAAUGCUGCAGAACCUCAUGUAGUGACGGUGACUAUGAAUGGAGUGGCAGGGAGAAGCCACACUGUUAAUUCCCAUGUCGCAACAACCCAGUAUGCCAAUGGGACGGUGCCAUCUGGCCAGGCAGCCAACAUAGUGGCACAGAGGGCUCAAGACAUGCUGCAGAAUCAGUUUAUUGGCGAGGAUACUCGGCUGAAUAUUAAUUCUAGUCCUGAUGAGCAUGAACCUUUACUGAGACGAGAGCAGCAAGCUGGCCAUGAUGAAGAGGUUCUGGACCGUUUGGUAGACAGGCGGGAACGGCCCCUCGAAGGGAGCCGAACUAAUUCCAAUAACAACAACAGCAAUCCGUGCUCAGAACAAGAUGGACUUCCACAGGGUGUUACAAGCACAGUUGCAGAUCCUGGGCCAUCGAAGCCCAGGAGAGCACAGAGGCCCAGUUCUCUGGAUCUUUCAGCCACAAAUAUCCUGGAUGGCAGCAGUAUACAGAUAGGUGAGUCCACACAGGAUGGCAAAUCAGGAUCAGGGGAAAAGAUCAAGAAACGCGUGAAAACUCCGUACUCCCUUAAGCGGUGGCGUCCCUCCACGUGGGUCGUCUCCACUGAACCCCUGGACUGUGAGGUCAACAACAAUGGGAGUGACCGAGCAGUCCAUUCUAAAUCUAGCACUGCUGUGUACCUCGCAGAAGGAGGCACUGCCACCACCAUGGUGUCUAAGGAUAUAGGGAUGAAUUGUCUGUGAGAUGUUUCCAAUCUUAUGGAGUGAAAUUAUUUUUUUGCAUCAUUUAAACAUGCAGAAGACAUUUAAAAAACAAACUGCUUUAACCUCCUGUCAGCACCCCUUCCCACCCCUGCAACAGGACUUGCUUUAAAUAGAUUUCAGCUAUGCAGAAAAUUUUAGCUCAUGCUUCCAUAUUUUUUAAUUUUGUUUUUUAAGUUUUGCACUUUUAUUUAGUCUUGCUAAAGUUAUAUUUGUCUGUUAUGACCACAUUAUGUGUGUGCGUAUCAAAAGUGGUCUCAAAAUAUUUUUUUAAGAAAAACAAAACCAGUGUAUUGCUGAUAAUCAGUUUGGACCAUUUCUAAAGGUCACUAAAGCAGAAGCAGAUGGAGACGGGCCCGACUGCAGUGGUGUCCCAGGCACAAGCUCGUUCGUGUGUCAUCUGUUGAACAUUCUUCUCUUGUGUUUUAUUUGAAUGUGCAAUAGUCUUCAGACCACAAAGAAGCUUUCUUACCAGCUCUCCCCUAGCAGGGCACACAUUCUUCCACUGUUGAAACUUGUCCCCCGUUCUUCGAUAAGAUGAACAUUUUCUGGCUUCCUCCUUAGGGAGAAUGCAUAGACACUGUUCCAAGGGCUCCAAAAAGGACUUACCAAAACCUUUCUUGAAAUGCCUUUGUCUUUUAGCCUUCCAAAUGCUAAGUGUUUCCUUCCAGGCAUUUUAAUAGGCAUAUUUGGUUCUGAUUUUGGAAGUUCAUAAGAGAGCAUAGAACAAAAGAAAGCAAAUACUAGCCAUUUCCAUUUUAUUUUUUCUAUGUAUGUUCAUGUUCCAUAUUCAUUUAUUUAAUAAAUACUUUUUAUCAGAAAAUUUAUAGAGCUAAACUUACGUGGAAUUUUUAAGUAAGUAGAUGGGCAAGGUGAUGUAGUGUAGGAACUUUGGUUUUUCUGACCAUCACAAAUUAAAUUACAUUUCCUAUUUAUAACCUCAGAAAAACUCAUAGUUUUGAAUUUAUAAUGUCUUUUAUUGUUUCCCAGCAAAGCGUGACAGCUUUAUGUGAAAACGAUUCUUCUUCCCAUGACCUAAAACACUGUGUGGAAAGCUCAGUCAGCCAGCAUGCCCAGUCCCGUGGAAGAAAGGCUUGCUGCCAGACUUAGGACUAUUGAGACAGCUAAGAUUUGCCCUCUUUCUUUCGCUAACUUUCUUUGCUAAUCCUGUUUUCAUGAUUUCUCCCUUUGCCAAUUUCACAUGAUCCUCGACUUUGAGCAGUGUUGUGGCAGAGACUGCCUUCUGGUGACAGCGUACGGUGAGGUCACAGUCGCGCUCUCUCGCCACUUCCCCUUUUGUCACGAGUGAUCCGUAAACCAGGCUCUGUCUUUUAAUAAAGCACUUUCUGUCAGAUACGGAUUUUCCCUAAACAUUGUUUCCCGCCAGUUUGCAAACAAAUGGUUCUCAUGUUUUCAGAUGCUCAGAAUUCUUAUUAUGCGUUAUCUGACUGAGUUUUAAUUUUUUGCAGGGGGAGGUAAAAAAGUUAAGUGUAAGUCUCCAAAUUCCUGAUCUCAGUUCUCGUGUCCUGAACACUAUUUUCUCAUUUGAAAUCCUCUACCCUCACGAUUUAACUAAAGAAAGACAGCCCCCUUUCCCAGUACACUGUCCACAGCACUUGUGACUUACUUGUAGGAGCCUUCUUUGACUUGCCAUCUGCUGCGCUUCUUUGAUGUGACAACAUUUAAAACAUUUAUUCAGCUGGGCUGCUGACUGGAGUCUCAGUCCUUGGAUUAAGAUGGUCUUAUUCUCCCGGGACUCCUUUCUCCCCUUUGUGCUUUCUUGGCCCCUCUUCUGGGUCAGAUUUGUCUUGUUUUGGGUUGGGUUUUUUUCAUGACAGAGCUUCUCUGUGUAGCUCUGGCUGUCCUGGAACUCACUCUGUAGACCAGGCUGGCUUUGAACUCAGAUUCUUAAUAUAGAUUUUGUCUUCUGACAUCAGUUUAUUUCAGAUAGUGACCAUUUUUUUUAAUCUAUGUAACAAAUAACUUUUGUCUUUUACUUCCUUGUCUGUCCAAAUGUCUUUCAGAUGCAUUUCAGGAUUUUUGUUUUUUCAGUUGUUGGACAACUUUAAAUCAAAAUAAAUCAUAUUCCUUCUAUCUCUAACUGAAGCACUGAGAAUAAAUGACCCCUGGAGGUCCAGCUGGUCUUUUUCUGUCAGAAAACUGCCUUACAUCCUAAUAGUUUGUGUUGAGGCCAAUCACUUGUGAAUUUCCCAACAGUCUUCAAUGGCUAAUACAUUUAUGAAAUGCUUUAAAAAGUAAUAUGCCAGGUUAAAAGAAAAAGGGUAUCGUUUCCAAUCUCGUGCAGAUAUGUUUAAAACAAAUAAUUCCUUUCAAUGACACAUGGUAAGUGCUUGAAAACGAGGAAUAGUAGAAAGCAUAGGUCCUUUUAAUAAGUUUUGGAAUUUAUAAUACAGAGCACUCAAAAAUCCCUUUAAUCACUUAAAUUACUUGUUCACUUUAUUUAUCUGAUUCUUGAAGCUGAAACUGAAUUUACCACAAGAUUUCACAUAAAAAUUAAUGUUGGGCCUUUUGAUUAAAAGUCAUUCAGUUCAAAAAUAUUUGCCUGAACCAGUAUUAUAAUCUUUAAAGAAUCAUAAUAGGACAUUUUCUUUUAAAAAUGCCAUUUGUGGGGCUGGAGAAGCAGCAAGGCAGCUAACAGUGGUUUCUGCUUUUCUGAGGACCCAGGUUGAACUCACAGCAGCCCCAUGGCUGGUCACAGCCUCCUGACGUGCACAUAACUAAAAAAUAUAAAAAUCAAUCCUAAAGUCCUAACUGUAUACCAAAAGUAAGUAAUGGAAAGAACUUGAUUUGAAUCAUGUAUAGAAUAAAGUGAUUUAAAUAAAAACCCUGAAACAUUUAAUGUAUAAUUUAAAACCACUGUGAACACCGUGAAAGGCCAUACUCUGAAAACUGGCGUCUAAAUGCACUAUAUUUUCAUCUUCACAGCAACCGUAUUUUAAUUAAUUUUCAUAUUUUACGAACAAGGAAACAUUAAGAGAUGAUAGCUAAUUUGUCCAAGUUUACCUAAGGUGAAAUCCCAGGUCCGUUUCUACACAGCUCUUUCAUCCACUCACAGUCUACAUCCUUCAUGGACAGAUGUGUGAUACACUGACAUUUUUACUCCAGCAGACUUGCAGCUUGUAUAUAAGCCAUGCCAGAUAACUUACUGGUUUGAGAAGUUAGGUAGUCACUAUUGCUUAAGAGACAGUUACUAAUUCAGUACAAAAUUCAGCCUAUACCCUAAAAUCACGUCACUUUUCUUCUGAUACAUUGCAGAACUGAAGGCAAAGUCAACUUUAAGAGAAAGGUGAAGGAAGCUGAGGGAACAGAGAUCCUAAAGUGAUCCCGUAUUAGAUUUGGAAAAAAGUUUGAUAUAAAUUUUCAGUCUUCUCAACCCUUUGACCCCAUCUGUAAAAUUUCGGCUUUAGCAAUGUUAGAAAAAAAUGUUAAGUCAGAGACCCAAAUAAGAUGUAUAUGAUGUAGAAAAACACAAAAUUAAUACCCUUUAUUAUUAUUGUUGUUAAUGUUUUGCUUUUUCAAGACAGGAUUUCUCUGUAGCUUUGGAGCCUGUCCAGAACUAGCUCUUGUAGACCAGGCUGACCUCGAACUCACAGAGAUCCUCCUGCCUCCGCCUCCCGAGUGCUGGGAUUAAAGGCGUGCCCGGUUGCUAAUACCCAUUUUUAUAAAACAGGUUGUCAUAGCUUCAUUACACGUAUGUAUUUGUUCCAGAAACUGUAUGUUGGUUCUGAAUGGGAAAAUAGAGAAGGGGCACUCAAAUAGUCAGUCAGUGGGAAUUAUCACAAAUUUUGACAAAUAUUUUUAUUUAAAAUAUUUCCAAGCUUGAUUUCUGAAUCCCAAAGGAAUACCUGAUAGGCUGCAACUGUUAAAUUGCACAUUUAGUCUCUAUUAACAAGUCAUUUAAAAUGAAAAAAUUCAAUAAACGUUUCUUGUUUCCAUAUUUAUGAACAUGAAUAUUUCAAUGCGAGACCCUUACUAGUAUUUCAUAUUGUAUUUUAUUUUAUAUCAUAUUUGUAAAGCCUAUGUUGAACUUAGUACCUGUCAUGUGUAUGUUAUUACAUGACUAUCCACAGAUUUUUAAAAAAUAUAUAUAUAAUUACUUUAUAUCCUUAAUUCCUUAAAAGAUAGAUUCUUCACGCAUGCUAGCUGAUGUUCUAGACCUGCGAUUUCAGGAAGUAUGUGACACUCAGAGACCCCAGGAAUCUUUUUUUAAGCUAUGAUAACUUUCAAUAUUCACACCCUUGACUAACAGCGGGGUGUGGUGGUUUUUGUUUUCCAGAAGACAAAGUUGCAUUUUAACCUUUUUGUUUAGAUUAUGAACUAUGCAAACUUUGUCCACAAACUACCUUACAUGAUCCCUUCCUAACCGUGUUGAUUGAUUAUGUCAGGCUGGCUGAUUACGUCCUGGGCAGGCCUCCCCCUGUGUCAGGAGAGUUUUCUUCAUACCUGAUCUGUCUCUCACAUGUGAUUUGUGUGUUCCUCAUACUUCACAGGGAAAAGAGAAGGUCGUCCUCUCUGUUGCUCUUAGUCAGCUUCGGGCUUCUCGGCUAACCCUGUUCAUCAGAUAAAAUUGCCCCAGUUCCUUUAGGUCUUUUCUCCUCAUCUAUUUUAAUGACUUUAUUUAUAUUUAAAAGCACAUAAAAUUCUAUGUUAUAUUCAAGUGAAUUGCUCCAGUUAAUUUAUAGCACAGCAGUUUUGAUAGGGUUCAGAGUACAGAUGUUGCCAUUUGACAUUGAAUUAAAUCAUCAUACCACCCAAAAUUCAGCACUUAAUUUUGUAGUAGCUACAUUUUCUAUUAAAGUGUAUGUUAUGAUUUUAUAUCUGGAUAGAGCUAAAAAGCCAUGCAUAUAAGCAUUUGUAAUUGUGUAUCAUUUUUACUAAACUCGCACCAUGUCACAGGGAGUUUUAGUAUUACGAUUGAGCCACAACAAAUACUGUACAUUUUUCUUCAUAUCAAAUACUGUAUUAAACACUAAAUGCAAAAUUAAUUUUCAAAAGUAGACCCUACAGAAAUCAGGUAUUAUCCAUGCGUAUUUUUGUAUUUUUGUAGACCACUUUUGAAAUGCUUACCAUUGUUUUUGCAGCAUAGAGUGGAUGGACUGAGACAAUUUUAUUUAACUUUCAAGUAGUUAAAGUUGGGUGUUUGCAUAGAGUAAAUCUUCAAAUUUUAUCUCAUGGCAUAUAGAUUUGCAAGUAAAUAUUCAAGAGGCUAUACUAUACGUUAAAAUUAUGCCCCAAAUAAAUCUAUUGAAUCUUCUGUAGAAUUCCAAUUUUAUCACCACUAUGGUGUUUGAGGUGUUUCUAAUGAACGCUGUAAGCACACACGUUCAUUUGUAAAAUUUAGUUUGGAGCCCACAUUAAAAUCUGGAGCAGAAGGAAUCUUUAGAAAUAAAUUGCUUCAUUAGGAUGUCCAGUUUGUAUUUUAAAGACAAUUGACUGUACUUGAAAUUACAACUUAACUGUUUCUUUUUUUUAAAAGACUCCAUUUUAUUCGUGUUUUAAAUUUCAGAAACAUCUCAUGGUUUGAAUCACCUUUAGACAUAGUAUUACCUAAAACCUCAGGGCGCCUUCCGUCUGUUUGUACACGGACACCGUCACCUGAUAGCAAACAAGCAGUUAGGUCUAGCUGGAUAUUUAAAAGUGUUUGUUGCAUAGUAAUGUGUCAUCAUAUUAUUUGACUUAAUUCACAUCAACAUAAUAUUUUAUUUCAUUAAUCGUAAAAACUUGCCCAGUUCUGUAAUUACUGAAUAGAAGGAAUGACUCAACCAAUUGGCCACAUGGUUUGGCGGAUUUAAGCCUUGGAGUUAAAGCACUGGCUUAAACACGCUCUGUUCUUGGUUCCGUGGUUACAUGUGAUGGAGCCAGUGUUUCGUUUUGGUUUGUGGUUGGUUUUUUUUUUUUAUAAGAGAGCUUAGGAAAAGUAAUUCUGAGAUAGAGUUUUCUUAAGAGAUAAUUAGCAUUAUAAAACUUUCUUCUGAAAGUGAGGUCAUGACCGCAGCUGUAGUGAUGGCUUUGAGAAGGUGAUCUAUGGCAACCGGUUUUCACACUGGCAGAGCCAAACAAUUUUUCUUUAAGUCAGACAAACGUAAGCUCUAAUUGGUCUGCUGUCUGUUUAAAUCUUAGCAGUGGAGUUGUUUGUAAUCAAUCUCUUGUCUCGGGCUCCCUGCCUUGUUUGUUAUCAGUCUUAAGUAUAUAAAAGAAACACUUGUAAAGAUGUAUAAGAGUAAGAAAACUAAUGACUAAAAAAUGCAAUUCAGAGCAAUUAGGUUUCAAUUCAAUAUUGAGUUGCUGACUUCUGUGGCUUUUUUUCUUUCCUGGUAACAUUUAUUUAUUUAAGCAACGUUGUAUGUUAUGUCUCCAUAUCUAUAGAGAUUGUAUUGUAUAAGUGUUUGUGUAAGCUGGAAUCAUCCUGAAUUUUCUGUUGCUAAGUUUUCAAGUGAAUUUCAUGGAUAACUGUAAAAUACAGUAACUCUUAGGUUGUUAUAGCUGAAACGUGGAGAUUUGUGGCUGCCGUGUUUUUUCUGAACGGACAGGAGAAACAUCAGCUGCCAAGUAUUCACUUCUGGGGAGGCUGGCAAGGUCGGCUCCUCCUCCGAACCCUCUUUCUCUUGUUAACGGGUAUCUUCUGUUGGUGUAUUCUGUUCUUACAUUACAAUAGAAAAUCGUGUGUGAGUUUAUGAAUAACUACUUUCAGUUAUUUUGCUUUUGUAUAAGCCAUCUGAGACCUUGCUAUGCUGUAAAAGUUGUGUUUGAUGGAGCAGUGUGAGUAUGAAUUAAAGCAGAUCACUUUCUUUUGUAUUAUCUAUGGAUGCCACUAUGAACGCUGACAUUAAGCCACUAAAGAGUUUUCUAUGAAUAAGUGUAAGUAAAUGCUUUGAUAUAUAUAAACCUAAAUAAAAAGAUUGUAUUGAGACAGAGACAUUGGCAAAGGAAGUUUUAAGGCAGUUCUUUAGGUUUAAAAAGGCUUGCUGUAAAAUGGUGCAUCAUUCCAUUUAUUAAAGAUCAUAUUAAUGA